AUGAUUGGAAGGGGAGUGUGUGUGUGUUGGGGAACGGGCAUUUGGUGUAUGUUAGGACAUAGGAGGGGUUGGGGUGGCAUUUCUUCGACGGGCCAGGCGUCCAAUGGCAAUGGCCCACUCCGUCUGAAAUCAAUGCAUAUGCAAAUGCAAAUGCAAAUGGAUGCUGGAUGCUGACUGCUGACUGCUGAUUGCUUCGAAUCUCACUCUCGCCUUCUUCUAUGCUAAACAUUAAACAAAUCUAAUUUCAUAGCCAAACCAGAAGGAAACCCUAGAAAUGGUGAAGAAGAAGCAGGUACCCGACUGGCUCAACAGUUCUCUCUGGUCCUCCCCCUCCGACCACCACCGCUUAUCCGCAGCCCUCGAGCCACCGUCUCCUCCUUCUCCCGUUCCUCCUCCUGCUCCUGCUGCUCCUCCUCCGCCUCCCCCGACAAUCCCACCCAAUCACAAUGGCGUUAGUACCUCUCCUUCUUCUUCGUCCGCCUCUUCCUCCGCAGAUGAAAUCUCCCGCCAGGGCCAGGCUCAGGCUCAGGCUCAGGCUCACUUGUUGGCCGAGUUAUCUAGGAAGGUAAUAGACAUGCGCGAGUUGAGGAGAGUGGCUUCUCAAGGUGUACCCGAUGCUGCCGCCGCUGCUUUACGCCCUACGCUCUGGAAGCUUUUGCUUGGAUAUCUUCCCCCCGAUCGUGGCCUUUGGUCCUCUGAAUUAGGCAAGAAAAGGUCUCAGUACAAACAUUUCAAAGAAGACCUCCUCAUGAACCCUUCAGAAAUCACCAGGAGGAUGUACAACGUCGCUACUCUCGACAUCGAUGAUGCUAAAUCUCAGUCUAGGGGCUUGCUUUCUAGAUCACAAAUCAGUCACGGGGAACACCCUUUGAGUCUUGGCCACACCAGCAUAUGGAAUCAGUUCUUCCAGGACACAGAGAUCAUAGAUCAGAUUGACCGAGAUGUAAAACGUACUCAUCCAGAUAUGCACUUCUUCUCUGGUGAUUCUCAAUUUGCAAAAUCUAAUCAGGAGGCUUUAAAGAACAUAUUAAUUAUUUUUGCAAAGUUGAACCCAGGUAUAAGAUAUGUUCAAGGGAUGAAUGAAGUAUUGGCUCCUCUGUUCUAUGUGUUCAAAAAUGAUCCUGAUGAGGAAAAUGCGGCCUUUGCUGAAGCAGACACAUUCUUUUGUUUUGUUGAACUAUUGAGUGGAUUCCGAGAUAAUUUUUGUCAACAACUUGACAAUAGUGUUGUUGGGAUCCGUUCCACUAUUACAAGAUUGUCCCAGCUUUUGAAAGAACAUGAUGAAGAACUAUGGCGUCAUCUUGAGGUCACAACUAAAGUCAAUCCCCAAUUCUAUGCAUUCAGGUGGAUUACCCUCCUCUUGACUCAGGAAUUUAAUUUUGCUGAAAGUCUUCAUAUAUGGGACACCCUUUUAAGUGAUCCAGAGGGGCCACAGGAGACACUUCUCAGAAUAUGCUGUGCAAUGCUAAUUCUCGUUCGUAGGCGUCUUCUAGCGGGUGAUUUCACUUCUAACCUCAAGUUGCUGCAAAAUUAUCCCUCUACAAACAUUAGUCAUUUGCUCCAUGUUGCCAACAAGUUACGUGUACAUUCAGUCUAGUAGUUUUCGCCGCUGAUUUUUUUCGCAAUUUGCUUUUGUCUUUAACGUAGUGUUUUCUAUUUUAUGAUUGUAAAUUACACUGUAAAUGUCUGUUCAGAGCAUAAGCUGGUAUUUUUGUUUACUCUGGGAUUGUCAUUUUAUUUUAUUUUUAAUUGUAAGCCCACAUUACUGCGAUCUUCUCAUGCGCGUCCAGAGAGAACCAUAGAUUGUUGUGGCCCAUUAUUUCUCUAUUUUGUAAUGGUCGUUUGUCCUUGACUGUUGAUUUUUGCUUGGUUUUCGAUGUCAAUGGCUGCAUCUCACUCGC